CAGCCUCUGAGUCUCAUCCACGAGAUGUCUACGAACUCUAGGAGAGAUGAAGGGGGAGAUCAGACACUUACAUAUGAAGAAUAAAGAACAAGCUUCAGAGCUGCACAGGCUGAAAAAACAGCAACAAGAUCAAGCUGCAGAGCUGCACAAGCUGAAAAAACAGCAACAAGGCCGACAGGUGGCAUUCUCCGUCGCUCCGGUGACGACAGGUGCAGUGCAUCUGGGACCUUUUAAUGUCCUCACCACGCUGAUCUUCAAACACGUCCAGACCAACAUCGGAAAUGGCUACAACAAACACACAGGUGUGUUCACCGCACCGAUAAAGGGGGCGUACCACUUCGAGUGGCACGUCGGUGCAUUUGGAGACAACGCACAUAGUUCGACUGCCGUCCUCGUUAAGAACUCAGAGAUCAUCUUCCGGGCGCAUGAGAAGCAGACGGCCCAUUUCGGGACAGCGUCCAACAGCGCCACGCUGCUCCUGGAGGUCGGAGACGCCGUGUUUUUGCGCCUGUGGCCUCAUUCGAAGGUGUUCGACAAUCGGUAUCACCACAACUCGUUCAGCGGUCAUCUGCUUUUCCCCAUGUGAGACAGAAACACUUCCUGUUUGUCUGCACUUUCACCGUUUCAGGUUGUUUUUAGCCCCUUUUUUUACAUUUUACUGUCUGUGUUCUUGUUUUUCACUGCAGUAUAUGAAUCUAUACUAAUCUAUAAGUCCUUCAGGUCUAUGGAAUCAGCAAAAUCAUGGCUAGAAGUGGGAACAACUCAAACAUGUCUUAGUACAGAGUAACUCAGUUAGAAUGGCAUAAAAUAAAAAAAAGUGAUUCUGACAGAAAUGUCACAAAUUUAAGCUUCAAUUUGGUCAUUUUUUCUAACAUAAACUUUGAUAAACUAUGAUCGGAUCAGGGACUGUCUGAAAGUUUAGUUUCUUUCUACAAUGAACUGUGUAUUUUUGGUGAUUUUUUUAAUCCCCUGGUGGGGUUUAGAGGGUUAAUCGAUCUGAAACGUAAUCUGUUUAUUAUGAAUCAUGUUGUGUUGAAUCUGUAAUAAUCUUCUCUGGAUCAAAGUGCAAUGCAACAAUAUCUGUACAAAUUAAAUGUUCUGAUUUUUUCAUCUCUAUCUCAAAGCAUGAAGACAAACAAUAAUUGUGAACAUGUGAAUUAAUAAAUAAGCAUAUCACUAAAAC